AUGUCGUAAACGUGUGCUGAGUUACAGCUGCCCCACACUUCUACACUUCUACACAGCCUUGUACAACUUCCUCGCUGUACCUUGAUCCGACAUAAAGGUUAAAAUGUCACUUCUUUCACCAGUACAGUUCACUUUCAGCGGAGGGAUUCCUCCUGUGUUCAUCCGAGCCGAUGGUUGGCAUCUCCACACGCGACCAUUGCGCAACUCUCACUCCUUUUUUCUUUCGGACCAUGCAGCCGGUGAUCCGUCGGUACCGUCCCUCAGACAGGGACCCGGUGCUCACCCUCUUCAGCGUGGGCAUCAGGGAGCACAUCCAACCAUGUUUCCGGCACGCCAUCACCAGCCCUCCCCACCUGGCCGUGGCACUGGCCCUGUGUGUCGUCGGCCACCUGCUCGGCUCGGUGUCGGCUGCUGUGGUGCUACUGGGAGCCUGGGUGGGCCUCGUGUACUACUGCUGCCAUGAGCUAUAUGCCAGGUACGUCAGGGAGAAGCUCCAGACGGACAUGCAGGACAUCCCUGGAAACUAUCUGAGCCGACCGGACGACUGUUUCUGGGUGGCGGAGGCUGAGGUUGAUGGGAGGACCCGGAUCCUGGGUAUGGUGGCCGUAGUGGCCAAACAGAGCGGGAAAGAACACGGAGAACUGUUCCGAAUGAUCAUCUCGCCGACGUGCCGUCGCAUGGGCCUGGGCAGCCGGAUGACUCAGAUUGUGGUCGACUUCUGUAAGGAACGAGGCUUCUCCAAGGUGGUGCUGAACACCACCUCCACUCAGGUGGCGGCUGUGAACCUGUAUGAGAAACUGGGCUUCAGCAAAGUCAACACACACAGAAAAGCCCUCAUUUCUGAUUGGAGUGUUAAGCUUAUUAAGGUGUCACUUUUGGUAUUGGAAAAACACUUGUAGUCCCUGCUUUCAGUGCUUGAACGGGUGAAGGACUCAAAAGGGUUAAAGGGAUUAAGUCUAUUUCUGGAAAGAAACGGAUCUUACUGUUUACUGAACUUACUACUGUGAUACUGAACUUACUACUGUGAUGUUUCUCUUUAUCAGUGAUUUUUACACUUAAUAAUACUUGAUUGCUACAUCAGUAACGUAUAUGUCUCACACACACUGCUUCAGCUAUGAAAGGCAGCACAAAUUGUGAGGUUUCUCGUAGUCUGUUAGACUAACUAUUCCAGAUCUUUUGCACAUAAAACUGUUGGACCCAGAUUUAAAUGACUUGAGUAAUGAUUAUUGUUAUAUUUGAUUAAGUACUGUGAUUGAUUUUAUUUCACAAAUGACCAAUCACAUUUGUGUUUUAUGCACAAAGACAUGCAACAAAUAAACCUUCCUCAAAUUGUUGUUUUACACCACUGUUGGUUUGGCUUCGACACAUCGUCCUCUUUUUAACACUUGUGUAGGGGCCAGGUAUUUGGUGCCACCUGGUACGCCCCUUUGUCCUGAUUGAUUAAUUGAGUCACGUGGUGUUUUUUGGUGUUCAGCGGGGAUAAAGGGGCGUAUUCAAUAUUUGGUUUGUAAAGGGAAAGAGGGGGUGAGAGACGGAGUUUAUAUUUUGUUGACCGCAAAGAUAUUCCUGUAAACACCGACGAUCGUAUGAACAGUAAAAUAAAAAACUACAC